GCGGAGAGGCGUCACCUCCGCCAGCAAAGGGGACCCUCUCCGUAGCCCCCCACCGGCCCAGGGGCUUGGGCUGCCCACCCCCCACCCCACAUGGUGCCUGGAGCUGAUGGGAAGCUGCAUGAAAGAAUUCACACAGGCAUGAAUCCCUAUCAAUGCUUACAGUGUGGGAAGAGUUUCAGUCGGAGGUCAGCUCUUAACACCCAUCACAGGAUCCACACAGGCGAGAAGCCUUAUAAAUGCUUAGAGUGCGGGAAGAGUUUCAGACUGAGCUCACACCUUGACAUCCAUCACAGGAUCCACACAGGCGAGAAGCCUUAUAAAUGCUUAGAGUGCGGGAAACGUUUCACUGAAAGUUCAGGUUUUGAAAAGCAUCAAAGAAUUCACAUCGGAGAGAAGGCUUAUAAAUGCUUAGAUUGCGGGAAGAGUUUCAGACAGAGCCAUCAUCUUAACGCCCAUCACAGGAUCCACACAGGCGAGAAGCCUUAUAAAUGCUCAGAGUGUGGGAAGAGUUUCAGUGAGAGCUCAACCCUUAAGUACCAUCACAUGAUCCACACAGGUAAUAAGCCUUAUAAAUGCUCAGAUUGUGGGAAGAGUUUCAGUAAGACUUCAGACCUAAACAGGCAUCAAAGGAUCCACACAGGCGAGAAGCCUUAUAAAUGCUUACAGUGUGGGAAGAGUUUCAGUACGAGGUCAAGCCUUAACGCCCAUCACAGGAUCCACACAGGCGAGAAGCCUUAUAAAUGCUUACAGUGUGGGAAGAGUUUCAGUUGGAGUUCAGAGCUAAACAGGCAUCAAAGGAUCCACACAGGCGAGAAGCCCUACAAAUGCUUAGAGCGCUGGAAAUGUUUCACUGAAAGUUCAAGUUUUAAAAAGCAGCAAAGAAUUCACAUGGGAGAGAAGGCUUAUAAAUGCUUAGAGUGCGGGAAGAGUUUCAGUCAGAGCUCAGGCCUUAAUGCCCAUCACAGGAUCCACACAGGUGAGAAGCCUUAUAAAUGCUUAGAGUGUGGGAAGAGUUUCAGUCAGAGCUCAAGCCUUAACGCCCAUCUUAGGAUCCACACAGGCGAGAAGCCUUAUAAAUGCUUAGAGUGUGGGAAGAGUUUCAGUCAGUGCCAACUGCUUAACCGCCAUCACAGGAUCCACACUGGUGAGAAGCCUCAUAAAUGCUUAGAUUGUGGGAAGAGUUUCAGUCGGAGGUCAAGCCUUGACAACCAUCACAGGAUCCACACAGGUGAGAAGCCUUAUAAAUGCUUAGAGUGUGGAAAGACUUUCAGUGAGAACUCAAGCCUUAACGCCCAUCACAGGAUCCACACAGGCGUGAAGCCCUAUAAAUGCUCAGUGUGCGGGAAGAGUUUCAGUCAGAGUGCACACCUUGACACCCAUCACAGGAUCCACACAGGCGAGAAGCCUUAUAAAUGCUUAGAGUGUGGAAAGACUUUCAGUGAGAACUCAAGCCUUACUGCCCAUCACAGGAUCCACACAGGCGAGAAGCCCUAUAAAUGCUUAGAGUGUGGGAAGAGUUUCAGUCGGAGCUCACAGCUUAACACCCAUCACAUGAUCCACACAGGCGUGAAGCCCUAGAAAUGCUCAGUGUGCGGGAAGAGUUUCAGUCAGAGUGCACACCUUGACACCCAUCACAGGAUCCACACAGGCAAGAAGCCUUAUAAAUGCUUAGAGUGUGGGAAGAGUUUUAAUCAGAGCUCAAACCUUAAUGCCCAUCACAGGAUCCACACAGGUGAGAAGCCUUAUGAAUGCUUAGAGUGUGGGAAGAGUUUCAGUCAGAGCUCAAACCUUAGUGCCCAUCACAGGAUCCACACAGGUGAGAUGACUCAUAAAUGCUUAGAGUGUGGGAAGAGUUUCAGUCGGUGGUCAAGCCUUAACCGCCAUCACAGGAUCCACACUGGUGCGAAGCCUUAUGAAUGCUUAGAGUGUGGGAAGAGUUUCAGUCGGUGGUCAAGCCUUGACAACCAUCAUAGGAUCCACACAGGCGAGAAGCCUUAUAAAUGCUUAGAGUGCGGGAUGAGUUUUAGUCGGAGGUCAGGUCUUAACUCCCAUCAAAGGAUCCACACAGGGGGAAAGCCCUAUGAAUGUUUAGAGUGCGGGAAGACUUUUAGUCAGAGUUCAGGCCUUGACACCCAUCGCAGGAUCCACACAGGCGAGAAGCCUUAUAAAUGCUUUGAGUGUGGGAAGAGUUUCAGUGACAGGUCAACCCUUAACGCCCAUCACAGGAUCCACACAGGCGAGAAGCCCUAUAAAUGCUUAGAGUGUGGGAAGAGUUUCAGUCAGAUUUCAGGCCUUGACACCCAUCACAGGACCCACACAGGAGAGAAGCCUCAUAAAUGCUUAGAGUGUGGGAAGAGUUUCAGUGACAGGUCAACCCUUAACGCCCAUCACAGGGUCCACACAGGCGACAAGCCUUAUAAAUGCUUAGUGUGCGGGAAGAGUUUCAGUCGGAGCUCACAUCUGUAUCGCCAUCACAGGAUCCACACAGGAGAGAAGCCUUAUAAAUGCUUAGAGUGUGGGAAGAGUUUUACUGAUAGCAAUAGCCUUAAAAUACAUCAAAGGAACCACACAGGAGAGAAGCCCUAUAAAUGCUUAGAGUGUGGGAAGGGUUUCAGUUCAAAUUCAAGCCUUCACGCCCAUCACAGGACCCACACAGGAGGGAAGCCUUAUAAAUGCUUCGAGUGCGGGAAGAAUUUCAGUCACAGCUCACACCUUAACGCCCAUCACAGGACACACACAGGCAAGAAGCCUUAUAAAUGCUUAGAGUGUGGGAAGAGUUUCACUGAUAGCAAUAGCCUUAAAAUACAUCACAGGAUCCACACAGGAGAGAAGCCCUAUAAAUGCUUAGAGUGUGGGAAGAGUUUCAGUCUGAGCUCACGCCUUUACACCCAUCACAGGACCCACACAGGAGAGAAGCCCUAUAAAUGCUUCGAGUGCGGGAAGAGUUUCAGUGAGAGCUCAAGCCUUAACGCCCAUCACAGGAUCCACACAGGCGAGAAGCCCUAUAAAUGCUUAGAGUGUGGGAAGAGUUUCAAUCAGAGGUCAAGCCUUAACAACCAUCACAGGACCCACACAGGAGGGAAGCCUUAUAAAUGCUUAGAGUGUGGGAAGAGUUUCAGUCACAGCUCCAGCCUUGACAUCCAUCACAGAAUCCACACAGGAGAGAAGCGUUAUAAAUGCUUAGAGUGCGGGAAGAGUUUCAGUCUGAGCUCCAGUCUUUUGCUGCAUGAAAGAAUUCACACAGGCAUGAAGCCUUAUAAAUGCUUAGAGUGCGGGAAGAGUUUCAGUUGGAGUUCAAGACUUGAUGGCCAUCUCAGGAUCCACACAGGCGAAAAGCCCUAUGAAUGUUUAGAGUGCGGGAAGAGUUUCAGUCAGAGUUCAGGCCUUGACACCCAUCGCAGGAUCCACACAGGAGAGAAGCCUUAUAAAUGCUUAGAGUGCGGGAAGAGUUUCAGUCAGAGUUCAGGCCUUGACACCCAUCACAGGAUCCACACAGGAGAGAAGCCUUAUAAAUGCUUAGAGUGCGGGAAGAGUUUCCGUCAGAGUUCAGGCCUUGACACCCAUCGCAGGAUCCACACAGGAGAGAAGCCUUAUAAAUGCUUAGAGUGCGGGAAGAGUUUCAGUCAGAGUUCAGGCCUUGACAUCCAUCAAAGGAUUCACACAGGGAAGAAGCUCUAUAAAUGCAUAGAGUGCGGGAAGAGUUUCAGUCACAGCUCAACCCUUAACACCCAUCACAGGACCCACACAAGAGAGAAGCCUUAUAAAUGCUUGGAGUGCGGGAAGUCUUUCAGUACGAGCUCAUCACUUAACUCCCAUCACAGGAUCCACACAGGCGAGAAGCCUUAUAAAUGCUUAGAGUGUGGGAAGAGUUUCCGUAAGAGUUCAUGCCUUGACAUCCAUCACAGGAUCCACACAGGAGAGAAGCCUUAUAAAUGCUUAGAGUGUGGGAAGAGUUUCAGAACCAGCUCAGCCCUUAACAUCCAUCACAGGAGCCACACAGGAGAGAAGGCUUAUGAAUGCUUAGAGUGUGGGAAGAGUUUCACUGAUAGCAAUAGCCUUAAAAUACAUCACAGGAUCCACACAGGCGAGAAGCCUUAUAAAUGCUUAGAGUGCGGGAAGAGUUUCAGCAGCAGCUCAGCCCUUAACACCCAUCACAGGAGCCACACAGGAGAGAAGCCCUAUAAAUGCUUAGAGUGCGGGAAGAGUUUCAGCAACAGAUCAGCCCUUAACACCCAUCACAGGAGCCACACAGGAGAGAAGCCUUAUGAAUGCUUACAGUGUGGGAAGAGUUUCAGCACCAGCUCAGCCCUUAACACCCAUCACAGGAGCCACACAGGAGAGAAGCCUUUUGAAUGCUUAGAGUGUGGGAAGAGUUUCAGCAACAGCUCAGCCCUUAACACCCAUCACAGGAUCCACACAGGCGAAAAGCCUUAUAAAUGCUUAGAGUGCGGGAAGAAUUUCAGUCAGAGUUCAGGCCUUGACAUCCAUCACAGGAUCCACACUGGAGAGAAGCCUUAUAAAUGCUUAGAGUGUGGGAAGAGUUUCAGCAACAGCUCAGCCCUUAGCACCCAUCACAGGAUCCACACAGGUGAGAAGCUCUACAAAUGCUUAGAGUGCGGGAGGAGCUUCAAUGACCGUUCAACCUUAAGAAAACAUCAAAGUAUUCACACUGGUGAGAAGCCUUAUAAAUGCUUAGAGUGCGGGAAGAGUUUCAGUCAGAGUUCAAGUCUUGACACCCAUCGCAGGAUCCACACAGGAGAGAAGCCUUAUAAAUGCUUAGAAUGUGGGAAGAGUUUCAGUCGAAACUCACACCUUGACACCCAUCACAGGAUCCACACAGGGGAGAAGCCUUAUAAAUGCUUAGAGUGUGGGAAGAGUUUCAGGUACAGCUCAAACCUUGACUCUCAUCACAGGAUCCACACAGGAGAGAAGCCUUAUAAAUGCUUACAGUGUGGGAAGAGUUUCAGGUACAGCUCAAACCUUGACUCUCAUCACAGGAUCCACACAGACGAGAAGCAUAAAUGUUUAGAAUGCGGAAAGAGCUUCAUUCACCAUACAACCUUUAGAAGACAUCAAACUACUCACUCUGCUGAGAAGCCUUAUAAAUGCUUAGAGUGCAAGAAGAGCUUCAUUCACUUUCUGUAUCGCCAUCACAGGAUCCACACAGGCGAGAAGCCCUAUGAAUGCUUAGAGUGCGGGAAGAGUUUCAGUCGGAGUUCAGGCCUUGACACCCAUCGCAGGAUCCACACAGGCGAGAAGCCUUAUAAAUGCUUAGAGUGCGGGAUGAGUUUUAGUCGGAGGUCAGGUCUUAACUCCCAUCAAUGGAUCCACACAGGGGGAAAGCCCUAUGAAUGCUUUGAGUGCGGGAAGAGUUUCAGUGACAGGUCAACCCUUAACGCCCAUCGCAGGAUCCACACAGGCGAGAAGCCCUAUAAAUGCUUAGAGUGUGGGAAGAGUUUCAGUGACAGGUCAACCCUUAACGCCCAUCGCAGGAUCCACACAGGCGAGAAGCCCUAUAAAUGCUUAGAGUGUGGGAAGAGUUUCAGUCAGAUUUCAGGCCUUGACACCCAUCACAGGACCCACACAGGAGAGAAGCCUCAUAAAUGCUUAGAGUGCGGGAAGAGUUUCAGUGACAGGUCAACCCUUAACGCCCAUCACAGGGUCCACACAGGCGAGAAGCCCUAUAAAUGCUUAGUGUGCGGGAAGAGUUUCAGUCGGAGCUCACAUCUGUAUCGCCAUCACAGGACCCACACAGGAGAGAAGCCUUAUAAAUGCUUAGUGUGUGGGAAGGAUUUCACUGAUAGCAAUAGCCUUAAAAUACAUCACAGGAUCCACACAGGAGAGAAGCCCUAUAAAUGCUUAGAGUGUGGGAAGAGUUUUACUGAUAGCAAUAGCCUUAAAAUACAUCAAAGGAACCACACAGGAGAGAAGCCCUAUAAAUGCUUAGUGUGCGGGAAGAGUUUCAGUCGGAGCUCACAUCUGUAUUGCCAUCACAGGAUCCACACAGGAGAGAAGCCUUAUAAAUGCUUAGAGUGUGGGAAGAGUUUUACUGAUAGCAAUAGCCUUAAAAUACAUCAAAGGAACCACACAGGAGAGAAGCCCUAUAAAUGCUUAGUGUGCGGGAAGAGUUUCAGUCGGAGCUCACAUCUGUAUCGCCAUCACAGGACCCACACAGGAGAGAAGCCUUAUAAAUGCUUAGUGUGUGGGAAGGAUUUCACUGAUAGCAAUAGCCUUAAAAUACAUCACAGGAUCCACACAGGAGAGAAGCCCUAUAAAUGCUUAGAGUGUGGGAAGAGUUUCAAUCAGAGGUCAAGCCUUAACAACCAUCACAGGACCCACACAGGAGAGAAGCCUUAUAAAUGCUUCGAGUGCGGGAAGAGUUUCAAUGAGAGCUCAAGCCUUAACGCCCAUCACAGGAUCCACACAGGCGAGAAGCCCUAUAAAUGCUAAGAGUGUGGGAAGAGUUUCAAUCAGAGGUCAAGCCUUAACAACCAUCACAGGACCCACACAGGAGAGAAGCCUUAUAAAUGCUUAGAGUGUGGGAAGAGUUUCAAUUUCAGUCGGAGUUCAAGACUUGAUGGCCAUCACAGGAUCCACACAGGCGAAAAGCCCUAUGAAUGUUUAGAGUGCGGGAAGAGUUUUAAUCAGAGCUCAAGCCUUAACUCCCAUCGCAGGAUCCACACAGGAGAGAAGCCUUAUAAAUGCUUAGAGUGCGGGAAGAGUUUCAGUCAGAGUUCAGGCCUUGACACCCAUCGCAGGAGCCACACAGGAGAGAAGCCUUAUAAAUGCUUAGAGUGCAGGAAGAGUUUCCGUCAGAGUUCAAGCCUUGACAUCCAUCAAAGGAUUCACACAGGGGAGAAGCUCUAUAAAUGCAUAGAGUGCGGGAAGAGUUUCAGUCACAGCUCAACCCUUAACACCCAUCACAGGACCCACACAAGAGAGAAGCCUUAUAAAUGCUUGGAGUGCAGGAAGUCUUUCAGUACGAGCUCAUCACUUAACUCCCAUCACAGGAUCCACACAGGCGAGAAGCCUUAUAAAUGCUUAGAGUGUGGGAAGAGUUUCCGUAAGAGUUCAUGCCUUGACAUCCAUCACAGGAUCCACACAGGAGAGAAGCCUUAUAAAUGCUUAGAGUGUGGGAAGAGUUUCAGAACCAGCUCAGCCCUUAACAUCCAUCACAGGAUCCACACUGGUGAGAAGCCUUAUAAAUGCUUAGAGUGUGGGAAGAAUUUCAGCAACAGCUCAGCCCUUAACACCCAUCACAGGAGCCACACAGGACAGAAGCCUUAUGAAUGCUUAGAGUGUGGGAAGAGUUUCACUGAUAGCAAUAGCCUUAAAACACAUCACAGGACCCACACUGGUGAGAAGCCUUAUAAAUGUUUAGAGUGCGGGAAGAGUUUCAGUCAGAGUUCAGGCCUUAACACCCAUCACAGGAGCCACACAGGAGAGAAGCCUUAUGAAUGCUUAGAGUGUGGGAAGAGUUUCACUGAUAACAAUAGCCUUAAAACACAUCACAGGACCCACACUGGUGAGAAGCCUUAUAAAUGUUUAGAGUGCGGGAAGAGUUUCAGUCAGAGUUCAGCCCUUAACACCCAUCACAGGAUCCACACUGGUGAGAAGCCUUAUAAAUGCUUAGAGUGUGGGAAGAGUUUCAGGUACAGCUCAGCCCUUAGCACCCAUCACAGGAUCCACACAGGUGAGAAGCUCUACAAAUGCUUAGAGUGCGGGAAGAGCUUCAAUGACCGUUCAACCUUAAGAAAACAUCAAAGUAUUCACACUGGUGAGAAGCCUUAUAAAUGCUUAGAGUGCGGGAAGAGUUUCAGUCGAAACUCAAGCCUUGACACCCAUCACAGGAUCCACACAGGGGAGAAGCCUUAUAAAUGCAUGAAGCCCUAUGAAUGCUUAGAGUGCGGGAAAAGUUUCAGGUACAGCUCAAACCUUGACACCCAUCACCGGAUCCACACAGGCGAGAAGCCUUAUAAAUGCUUAGAGUGCGGGAAGAGUUUCAGUCAGAGUUCAGGACUUAACACCCAUCAGAGGAUCCACACAGGAGAGAAGCCUUAUAAAUGCUUGGAGUGCGGGAAGAGUUUCAGUCACAACUCACAGCUUAACACCCAUCAUAGGAUCCACACUGGAGAGAAGCCUUAUAAAUGCUUAGAGUGCAAGAAGAGUUUCAGUCAGAUCUCACACCUUAACAUCCAUCAUAGGAUCCACACAGGAGAGAAGCCUCAUAAAUGUUUAGAGUGCGGGAAGAGUUUCAGUCAGAGUUCAGGACUUAACACCCAUCAGAAGAUCCACACAGGAGAGAAGCCUUAUAAAUGCUUGGAGUGCGGGAAGAGUUUCAGUCACAACUCACAGCUUAACACCCAUCAUAGGAUCCACACUGGAGAGAAGCCUUAUAAAUGCUUAGAGUGCGGGAAGAGUUUCAGUCAGAUCUCACACCUUAACAUUCAUCAUAGGAUCCACACAGGAGAGAAGCCCUACAAAUGCUUAGAGUGUGGGAAAUGUUUCACUGAAAGUUCAAGUUUUAAAAAGCAUCGAAGUAUUCACUUGGUAGAGAAGGCUUAUAAAUGCUUAGAGUGCGGGAAGAGUUUCAGUCAGAACUCAAGCCUUAACGCCCAUCACAGGAUCCAUAGAGGAGAGAAGCCCUAUAAAUGCUUAGAGUGCGGGAAGAGUUUCAGAGAGAGCUCAAAUCUUGAUGCCCAUCACAGGAUCCACACAGGGGAGAAGCCUUAUAAAUGCUUAGAGUGCGGAAAGAGUUUCAGACGGAGCUCAAAUCUUGCUGCCCAUCACAGGAUCCACACAGGCGAGAAGCCUUAUAAAUGCUUAGAGUGCGGGAAGAGUUUUGGACGGAGCUCAAGUCUUGAGGUCCAUCACAGGAUCCACACAGGCGAGAAGCCCUACAAAUGCUUAGAGUGUGGGAAAUGUUUCACUGAAAGUUCAAGUUUUAAAAAGCAUCAAAGUAUUCACUUGGUAGAGAAGGCUUAUAAAUGCUUAGAGUGCGGGAAGAGUUUCAGUCAGUGCUCAAGCCUUAACGCCCAUCACAGGAUCCAUACAGGAGAGAAGCCCUAUAAAUGCUUAGAGUGCGGGAAGAGUUUCAGUCGGAGCUCAACCCUUGACACCCAUCACAAGAUCCACACAGGGGAGAAGCCUUAUAAAUGCUUAGAGUGCGGGAAGAGUUUCAGUCACAGCUCAUACCUUAACGACCAUCACAGGAGCCACACAGGAGAGAAGCCUUAUAAAUGCUUACAGUGUGGAAAGAGUUUCAGCACCAGCUCAGCCCUUAACACCCAUCACAGGAGCCACACAGGAGAGAAGACUUAUAAAUGCUUAGAGUGUGGGAAGAGUUUCACUACAAAUGCAAGCCUUGACACCCAUCAGAGGACCCACACAGGACAGAAGCCCUACAAAUGCUUAGAGUGUGGGAAGAGUUUCAGGUACAGGUCAAACUUUGUUACCCAUCACCGGAUCCACACAGGCGAGAAGCCUUAUAAAUGCUUAGAUUGCGAUAAGAGUUUCAGUCGGAGCUCAAGACUUAACACCCAUCACAGGAUCCACACAGGUGAGAAGCCUUAUAAAUGCUUAGAGUGUGGGAAGAGUUUUAGUCGGAGCUCAAGCCUUGACACCCAUCACAGGAUCCACACAGGGGAGAAGCGUUAUGAAUGCUUAGAGUGUGGAAAGAGUUUCAGUCAGAGCGCACACCUUAACACCCAUCACAGGAUCCACACAGGCGAGAAGCCUUAUAAAUGCUUAGAGUGUGGGAAGAGUUUCAGCAACAGCUCAGCCCUUAACACGCAUCACAUGAUCCACACAGGUGAGAAGCCUUAUAAAUGCUUAGAGUGCGGGAAGAGUUUCAAUCGGCGCUCAACCCUUAACACCCAUCACAGGAUCCACACAGGUGAGAAGCCCAUAAAUUUUUCGAAUGCGUAAAGAGCUUCAUUCACCAUACAACCCUUAGAAGACAUCAAACUACUCACUGUGCUGAGAAGCCUUAUAAAUGCUUAGAGUGCAAGAAGAGCUUCAUUCACUGUAGAAACUUUAAACAGCAUCAAAGAAUCCACUAAAGGAAGAAAUCCUUUAAAUGCAUUUCUUAGCAUACUGGAAGAACUUCCAACAUUAUAAGUACCUGAAAUCACAUCAAAGAACAGACACAGGAAGGAUUUCUUUCAAACCCAGCAGUUUCCGGAAAGAAGGAAGAUCUUCAAAUGGAGGAGAGCCAUUCCCUUUAAAAGA